AUGGGUCGACUCUUGAUAACCAGUCAGAUUCAGAGAUUCCGUUUCUUCUCUUACUUAUCUCAGCAGAAUGGAAGAAGAGGCGGUGUCGCUUGCUCUAGCUAUGGAAACCGUUAUCUUUCAUCUUUAGCUGAAACUUCAGACUGUGAACUUGAUGAAGUCCCAGAUGAUAGCAAAGUAGCGGAGAAAGACACUGCUCUACAUUCGGCGUUAUCUGAUCUUUCUGGUGAUUUUGAUAAAGACUCUAGGUUGUGGUUGCAGCGGUUUUACAGAUCACGGCGAGUUUCUGUGGUGUCUACGGGUUCGCUCAACCUUGAUCUAGCUCUUGGAGUUGGAGGAUUGCCAAAGGGGAGAAUGGUUGAGGUUUAUGGAAAAGAAGCUUCUGGAAAGACAACUUUAGCUCUUCAUAUCAUCAAGGAAGCUCAAAAGCUUGGAGGUUAUUGCGCUUAUCUUGAUGUCGAGAAUGCCUUGGAUCCUUCUCUAGCAGAAUCAAUAGGUGUGAACACGGAAGAGCUUCUAAUAUCACGACCAGAUUCCGCUGAAAAUAUGCUAAGUAUUGUUGAUGUGCUAACCAAGAGUGGAUCAGUAGACGUAAUUGUUGUUGACAGUGUUGCUGCUCUCGCCCCUCAAUGUGAACUUGAUGUUCCUGUGGGAGAAAGAUACAGAGACAUACAAUCAAGAAUAAUGACACAAGCGCUCAGAAAAAUCCACUACUCAGUUGCCAAUUCUCAGACACUGAUCGUUUUUCUUAAUCAGGUCAGAUCACAUGCCAAAGCUAACAUGCGUUUCCCCUAUGCUGAAGAAGUAACUUGUGGGGGAAAGGCAUUGCCGUUUCACGCAGCUAUACGUCUCAAAAUGAUAAGAACUGGUGUAAUAAAGACUGACAAUAAGAUAAGUGGUCUCAAUGUGUGCGUCCAAGUGGUGAAAAAUAAACUGACUCGAGGAAUGAAGAAAUCCGAAUUGGGGAUUCACUUUGGUCGUGGCUUCUACGUGGAGCGUGAGGUUUUAGAACUGGCUUGUGAGCAUGGAGUUAUUAUAAGAGAAGGAAACAGCCAUUUCAUUGAAGGCAAGGUUAUUGAUGGGAAAGUCGCAGCUGAAAAGCAUCUGCUGGAAAAUAAAGAGAUUCUUGAUACCGUCAUUGAAACCCUGAGGAACCAGCUCUUCAAAAUGUGA